AUGAAAAGAGUCAUGCUGAACCAGGCAGAGGGGGGUGAUGAGGGGCCUUGGCUCAUUAUGAUGCCGUUAGACACAUGUGGGGGGGUUUGGGUCCCCACCGACUCGCACAAGGACCACAAUACCGACGUGGACGGCUGCAAAGAAAGACUCAGCCUGAAAUAUCAAACAUUUGAAGAAGAUGCACCUGGUACAGUGAUUGGAAACUUGGCCAAGGACAUGUCCGCCUCUGGCUCCCGGAGCAGCUUCAGGAUGAUGAAACAGUUCAACUCUUCCCUCAUCCGGCUCCGGGAGAGCGACGGCCAGCUCAGCAUCGCAGAGAGGAUAGACCGGGAGCGCCUCUGCAAACACAGCCAGCUCUGCCUCAUCUCUUUUGACGUAGUGAGUUUCUCCAAAGAGCAGUUCAAACUUAUCCACGUUGAGGUGGAGGUCAAGGACAUUAAUGACAACUCCCCUGAGUUUCCACGGAAAGAGUCCAGUCUGGAGAUCUCUGAGAACACCGCGGUUGGCACACGCAUCCCACUGGACUUUGCCGUGGACCCAGAUGUGGGCUCUAAUUACAUUCAGAGUUACCAAAUUGCCGUGAAUAGUCACUUUUCAAUUGACGUCCUGAGCAGAGCCGACGGGGUUAAAUAUGCAGAACUGGUACUCAUGAAAGAGUUGGACCGCGAGACGCACGCGUCUUACGCGCUUGAACUUGUGGCUAUGGAUGGUGGCACCCCGUCCCGCUCCGGAACCACGCGCAUUAACAUUAAAGUGAAAGACUACAAUGAUAAUAGCCCUGUUUUUGAUCGGAGCAGUUUCUCUGUCGAUCUGGCAGAGGACGCGCCCGUGGGCACGCUGCUGCUGGACCUGAACGCAGAGGACCCGGACGAGGGGCUAAAUGGAGAAGUUGUUUAUGGCUUUGGAAACCAGGCGCCACAGGAGAUUCGGCAGCUCUUCCGUGUGGACAGGAAGACUGGUCGGCUGACACUUGAGAGCCCUGUGGACUUUGAGACCAAAAACACAUAUGAAUUUGAUAUCCAGGCCACUGACCUGGGUCCGAACCCUAGCCCUGCAAUCUGCAAAAUUGUGGUCCAGGUUCAGGACGUGAAUGACAAUGCACCCGAGAUUUCAAUCAGUCCCAUGACGUCCAUUACAGCCGGCAUUGCUUACGUCACAGAAGCGGCUGCACGCGAGAGUUUUGUGGCGCUAGUGAGCACUUCAGACCGUGACUCUGGAGCCAAUGGACAGGUGCACUGUACGCUCUAUGGGCACGAGCACUUCCGGUUACAGCAGGCUUAUGAGGAUAGCUUUAUGAUUGUAAGCACAAGUGCCCUCGACCGUGAGAAGAUUCCUGAGUAUAACCUCACUAUUGUAGCUGAAGACCUGGGCUCACCUCCCUUCCGGACCAUUACGCACUACACCAUACGUCUGACUGAUGAGAACGACAAUGCACCUGUGUUCACCAAAUCUCUGUAUGAUGUGGCUGUCAAUGAAAACAAUGCACCAGGUGCUUACAUCACCACUGUGGUGGCACGUGAUCAGGACUUGGGUUCAAAUGGGAAGGUCAGCUACAAACUGGCAGACACCUACUUCAUGGGUUCUCCCAUAUCUACUUUUGUUAGCCUUGACCCCGCCAGUGGCUCUUUGUAUGCACUCCGAAGUUUUAACUUUGAGCUUGUGAAGCAGCUGGAGUUACGAGUGAUCGCCAGUGACGGUGGAUCCCCACCUCUGGCUGGCAGCGCCUCAGUUUACAUCAGGAUUGUGGAUCAGAACGACAAUGCGCCUGUGAUCACGCAGCCGGCACUGCACAAUGGGUCAGCAGAGAUUUCCCUGCCACAGGAGGCCCCGAGUGGGUACAUUGUCACUCAUGUGGAAGCCCGAGAUGCAGAUGAGGGUGUAAAUGCAGAGCUGUCUUUUUCCCUUGUCUCCAGUGAUUCCUCUGCAUUUGCUGUGAACAAGGCCACAGGUGAUGUUUACCUGAACCACGCCCUGUCCAAUGACGUGGAUGAGAUGCUGCGUGUUACCAUCUCAGUUAGUGACAAUGGCCGUCCAGCUCUCAGUUCUACUGCAACUCUGCACUUUUUGAUUGUGGCAGGCGCACCCCCAAGUGACCGGUCCAUGUACGAGUCUGAGAGUGGGGCGCCAUUGCACGUGCAGUGGGACCUGUCCGUGGUCAUCAUAGUGGUCCUGGCGGGCAGCUGCACCCUGCUGCUGCUGGCCAUCAUUCUCAUUGCCACCACAUGCAACCGACGUAAGCGCGACAAGAGCGAGGAGGACACAGAGUCAUACCAGGAGAAAGGCACAUUGGAGCGGGGCAGAGGCCACGUGGCUGAAAACCCACUUCUCCCUCUGCACUCCACCACAGGAGGCUCUGUGACCUUUGAUGGACAGUCCUACAACAGCCAGCCGGGGUUCAGCUCCGCUCAUCCCGGGAGCACAGACAUGUGUUCGGCCUCAGAGGACGGCAGCGAAGCACCCUGUGUAUUCGACUCAGAAGGCAACAACAAGCGCACUGGAAACAAGCACGAGGGAUACUCCACACUCCCCGGCUACGGCAACAGCAAAGAGGCAGUGCGCCCCAUCACCAUCUGGAAGGGCAAUUCUUACACCACUAUCUCUGCUCGGGACCCUGUCUUCAGUGGCAAAGACAGUGGAAAAGGGGACAGUGACUUCAACGACAGUGACAGUGAUGUGAGCGCAGAUACUAUGAAGAAAGAAGGAGUUGCGGUCCCUCCCAUGGGUACACCAAACGCUCUGUGGGCGUGCACCAGUGAAUGUAAGGUCUUGGGCCACUCAGACCGCUGCUGGAGUCCUACAGCUGUGAGAGCUCAUGCGGCUCCCUCUCCUGCUCCCACCCUGUCCUCCUUCAGCAGCUUACCGAAGACAGCCUCACUGCCCCGGGACCCCAAUCGCAGGGACACCUACUACCAAGCCCACAUCCCCAAAACUGUGGGUCUGCAGAGCGUCUAUGAAAAGGUGCUGCACAGGGAGUAUGACUACAUGCUUGUGACCCCUCCCAGACCUGUGCGUGUGCAAGAGAUCAGUGAAGUCAGCAUCCCGGUGUACACCCCCACCCCAACACACUGCCCCAACAACAAUGAUGUCUGA